CCUGCAUCCAAGACCACUCCAGUAGGGACCUAAUGCCACCUACCUGUGCUGUCAAAGCCUCUUCCUGUCCCCUCCUCCCUCCAGAGAAUCUAGUUUUAGACAGGAAUGCUGUCAGCCUACCCUGACAGGGCACGGGCAGGAGCCUAAGCCCCAGGCCCCCACCCUGAACAGUCCCAGGCAGCUUGGGCCCCCAGCUCCCCUUCUGCUAUGAAACGGACACCUCUCCAUCUUUAUUAUUUUUUGGAUUUUAUUUAUUUAUUCAUGAGACAGGCAGGCUCGCUCCCUGCAGGAAGCCUGAUGCAGGACUCAAUCCCAGGACCCAGGGAUCACACCCUGAGCCAAAGGCAGACACUCAACCACUGAGCCACCCAGGUGUCCCAACACCUCGCCAUCUUUAAACCACCUCCCCCAUCCCCAGUGUGUCACCCCUGUGGCUCCCCCUGAGACUUCUCAGCCCCUGCAGGGUUUAUGGUCCUACUUAUUAACUAGUUAAGUGAGGCCCUGCUGCCUUCAGCACUCCUCCCCACCCACCUCCCGCCCCAGCAUCUGUCCCCACACCACCCCCACCCCCAGCUGUCCCAAGUAACACUCCCAUCCCCAUCUUGUGACCCUCCUGGGACAGCAUCCCAUUGCUGCUGUGACACCUGGCUCUGUGAUCCCUCCACCUCCCUGGGCUCCAGCUCCCCUUCCGACACCCGUCCAGUCCCUGUCUAUACACACCUGCCCCAGCUUGGACCAUCUUGCCUGACCCAUUGUUCUCAGGUCACAGUCCCCGGUCUCCAUAUUCUGAGACUUUCACGUGCCUCUGCUCAGGUGCCUACCUGAUGCCACCCCUGAAUACCAUCACCUUGCCAGUAUGUGCGAAAACGAACGCACCGGGCAGCCUGGGUGGCUCGGGAUGUAGCGCCGCCUUCAGCCCGGGGCGUGAUCCUGGGAACCCGGAAUCGAGUCCCACGUCGGGCUCCCUGCGUGGAGCCUGCUUCUCCCUCUGCCUGUGUCUCUGUCGCUCUCUGUGUCUCUCAUGAAUAAAAUCUUUAACAUUAAAAAAAAAAAAAAGAGCACGCCCUCCUUCCUUGCUCCGCCCCCAGCACGCACAUCAUCCUAACCUCUAGCGACCGUGACUUCGGAGGUACCUUGCCCGGUGGUAGGCCGGGGGUCCGCAGGGCAGCUCGGCCCGUUUCAGGGCGCCUUCAAGGACAAGGUCAGCCGCAAGCCAUCCCAGGUGCCACCAUCCUCCCAGGCUUCCAAACCAGAAGCCCGUGCACCUCCGCAGGACCCUCCGCGCCCCGAGUGCAGCGGGGGCAGGGCCCCGGAGGCCGGAUCGCCGGGGGGGCGGGCCCUGGGUCCUCGGCUCCGGAUUGGUCAGCGCCGCCGGAAGGGGGCGGUCCCCUAGCCCGGAAAGGACCGGACUUCCCGGAGGCGGCAAAUCCGGAGGAGCCGCGGCCGCCUUGAUGCUGCCCGCGGGCUGCUCGCGCCGGCUGGUGGCCGAGCUGCGGGAUGCCCUGGACGCCUGCGCUGAGCGACAGCGGCGGCUGGAGCGGAGCCUGCGCGCGUGCCGCCGGCUGCUGCGGCCCUGGGAAGCGGCCGAGCUUCCGGCUGCGAAGCCAACCCCGGCGCCGGAAACUCAGGAAGAGGCCCCGUCUCCGGCAUGCACGCCUAGCCCUCAAGACCUCAAGGAAUUGGAGCUUCUGACCCAGACACUGGAGAAGGCUGUACGGGUGAGGAAAAGCGUGUCUAAGGCUGCAGAAAGACACAAGGCCCUCAGCCUGAAGUCUGGGCCCACUGCCCCUUCUCCUGCCACCGCAGCCUCUGCCCCAUCCCGGGUCUCAGGCCAGCCUGGCAGGCGAGCCUCAGAGACAAAACCACUCAGGGGCAUCCAUCAGACCAGGGUACCUGCCAAGGGCCUCCCCGAGUGCAGGCUCCCGUCAGCGGGGGAUCACACCUGCAAGGGGAGGGGAGCCCGAGCCACCAAGCCUGGACCAGGCCUCGGGGACCAACUUCCACUGGCUGCUCCUCCGGCCCCGGAAGCUUUCACAUUGAAGGAGAAGGGGGUCCUGCUGAAGUUACCUGCGGCCUACAGGAAAGCAGCCUCCCAGAACUCCCGCCUGUGGACCCAGCUCAGCUCUACACAGACCAGUGACUCCGUGGAUGCUGCUACCAAUGCCAAAACCCAGUUCCUCCAGAAAAUGAAGAUGGCUUCAGGCUGGCCUGGCUCUGGGCUCAGUGCUGCAGAGGUGGAGGCGGAGGCGGGGCUCCUAUGGAAGGCCUGCUCGCUGCUGAGACAGCGAAUGGAGGAAGAGCUCUCCGCAGACUGUGCUGACUGGGUUCAGGAGUACCACUGCCUGCUUACCCUAGAGGGGCUGCAGGCCAUCACGGGGCAGUGUCUUCACAGACUGCAGGAGCUGCGUGCUGAAAUGGUGGGACAGCAGUUGGAGCCAUGGCCUGAGGGGAGAUGCCCCAGAGCCUCAGAGUCCUGUGAAGGAAGACCAGACCCUACCUGGAGCUCACAGCUGCUUCUGUACUCCAGCACCGCGGAGCUGCAGACCCUGGCCGCCCUCAGGCUGCGAGUGGCCAUGCUGGAGCAGCAGAUCCACCUGGAAAAGGUCCUGAUGGCCGAACUCCUCCCACUGGUGAGCACACCAGAGGCACAGGGGCCGCCCCCACUGGCACUCUGCCGAGCCGUGCAUAGCCUGCUCUGUGAGGGAGGUGAGCGCUUCCUCACCAUCCUUCGAGACGAACCUGCCAGCUGAGCCCUUCCCAUGGCCAGCGACCACCCACCUUGCCUAUUCCCAGGCACAGGACCCUGGCAUGAGGGUGCACUUGUCCUGACCCUCAGACCACUGGGAGACCACCACCACCCCUUCUCCGUUAGGUGAACGGGGAUUGAGAAGGUCUGGUCAGCCUGGGGGCCCAGGGAUGGCUGUAGCCACCCCGGAAACCAGGGCUGCCAGGUGGGCUGCGGACAGCCUCGUGGCUCUUGCUGAGGAUCCCAGGGCCCUUCUCGCAGCAGCUAAAGCUGACAGGCCUCUGCAUGGCAUGCACAUCAGAGGCCUGCGGGCUUUUUUCUCAGCUACCUCUGUUUUUCCUUGUUUUAGACUUAAAAGCCACUUGUGUGACAUUAAAACUACUUCAGGAAGUAUAUUCAAAAUGGGA